AUUAUAAUUUAAAAGUUUUAGUCCAAGAGGAAUUAAUAAAUAACAAUGGAUAAUCCACCCGUAAAACGUUUUACUCGCAAACGUAAAAAGUCGUUUAUAACAAACGCAAAAAAAUAUGGUAAAAAGGGUUGUUAUGGAAGGGGGGUGCAACUAGAGCCAGAUCUGUACAAUUAUUUAAUAGAAAUUGUUACACACUUCAAGCAAAUUGAAAAUAACGAAGAGAAAAACUUGUUUGUAUGUAAUGUUUUUGAACAAAUGGAAAACCAAGAGGAGAACUGCUGUUAUAACCAAGUUGGUUGCAGAGUUAUAGAGACGUUAUUGCCAUUUGCCAGUGACUCUAUAAUAAACAAAUUUAUAGAGAUUAUAUCAAAAGACUUGAGGCGAUCUUGUACUGAUACUUUUGCUAGUCACGUUGUUGAAACAAUUUUUUUGCAAUGUUACAAGAAAACAGCUAAAAAAAAUAACUCCGAAUUAUAUGAAGAAUAUACAGAUUUUGUUCUGAAGGUUGCAAAAUUUCUUCUUAACAAUCUAGAAGAUUUUGUAUGGGACACUUAUGCAAAUCACAUCAUAAGGACUGUUUUACAAACCUUUGCUAUGAUCACAGAUAAUAGUGAAAAUAAAAACAUGAGUAUAGAUAAGAAAAUCGAAACUGAAUCAAAUUUAGUUGAAAUAUCUGAUGAGUACAAAGCAAUUAUUAAAGAUUAUGCAGAAAGAAUUGUGACAUGGCCUCAAUUUUUGGAUUUGGCUUAUAAUGACUUAACGUCUGGUUUACUUCAAAUACUUAUUAAAUCAGUAGCGAAAUUGUAUCCUAAAUUAUUAAAAUCUUAUUUUAAAAAAUUAGUAGAUGACUGUUUUGUGGUUGAAUUUGAAAAAACUAAAGAAAAUUCUUAUGAAAAUGAACUUUAUCCAAAACCUGUUAUAGCCUUAUUGGAAACCUUCUUGCAACAUUCUACUUCGAAAAUAUUUACUCAAAUAUAUGCCAAAUUAUUUUAUUCUAAAUUGGCUUUCCUUGCAAAAGAGAGAAAUACAAACUUUGCCGUUCAGAAACUGUUAGAUAAUUGCAAAGAGAAAACAGAAUUUGAACCAAUUUUUGACGAAUUAAUUGAUCAUCUUGAAGAAAUAGCCAGUAAACAACAUACUGGAGUCAUUUUGUCCUUGGGGAAUGCUUGUAAACGAUUGUCUACCAAACAGGGCAGUUUUAUCAUGGCAAUUUUUAAGCUAUUUAAUUGUGUUGAACCACUAGAAAGACAAAACAGCAUAGUUUUAUGUCUUUCAAAAUGGGAAAAAUUUGAAGAUAUUACCAAAAAUGAUAAAAGUGAAUAUUCAUCGUUGGACAAACAAAAAUUUAAUUUACAUGGAACUUUGCUUGCUCAAUUACUGCUAAAUUUCAAUAAACCCAUAAAAUUGGUCAACAGUAUAUUAAGUUUUGAUUCGAACGAUUUGAAAGGGAUGUUUUCCAACAGUAUGGGCUGCCAUAUAGUCGAUUCUUAUGUGAAAAGUCCAUAUGUAGGAGAGAAGAGUAGGGAAAAACUUAUUAAAAAAAUGCAGGGAACUUAUCCAGAGUUGGUGUCUUCCAAAUAUGGUUCUAGAAGUUUUGAUGCUUUAUGGGAAGUUGCCACUUUGAAAAUGAAACUGAUGAUUAUGAACGAAUUGUCUCAAAAGGAUGCAUCCUGGUCUAAUUCACAAUUUGGAAGGAUCAUUGCCAGCCGAAUAAACUUAACUUUAUUCAAACGUAAUAAAGAAGAAUGGACCAGUUCACUUAAUAAAAGUAAAGACAAAACAAAGAAUUGUUUAAUUGAAAUAUUCAAAUAAUUUUUGUUGUAUUUAUUUUAUAGUGUCUAAUUGUUUUAAUAUAAAAAUUUUUUAUAAUACAA